GAACCGGACUGCGCCAUUUCAAACUGGCCCAGUGGUGUCACCUUCUCUCAGGUCCCUGUCACUCCCAGAGGAGCACAAGUGAGGAAGUGCCCCACCCGGCCCACCAGGUGAGGAGAGCAGGCCUCGGUGACAGGAGGACGAGCUCCCAGAGCGGCCCUGCAAGGACCAGGAAGCACUGCAGAUCAGUGAACCCGGGCGGCUGCGUGCUGUGCCGUGAGGGAUGGAGGCCCCACUGGUGAGCCUAGACGAGGAGUUCGAGGACCUGCGGCCCUCCUGCUCGGAGGAGCCAGACGGCGGGCCACAGUGUCUGUACGGCUCGUCACCCCAUCACCUUGAAGACCCCUCACUCUCUGAGCUGGAGAACUUCUCUUCCGAAAUCAUCAGCUUCAAGUCCAUGGAGGACCUUGUGAAUGAGUUUGACGAGAAGCUCACCGUCUGCUUCCGGAACUACAAUGCCAAGACCGAGAACCUGGCACCCGUGAGGAACCAGCUGCAGAUCCAGGAGGAGGAGGAGACCCUGCAGGACGAGGAGGUGUGGGACGCCCUGACGGACAAUUACAUCCCUUCUCUCUCGGAGGACUGGCGGGACCCGAACCUCGAGGCUCUGAACGGCAACAGCUCUGACGCCGAGGUCCACGAGAAGGACGAGGAGGAGUUCAACGAGAAAAGUGAGCAUGACUCCGGCAUCAACGAGGAGCCCCUGCUCACGGCUGACCAGGUCAUCGAGGAGAUCGAGGAGAUGAUGCAGGACUCCCCGGACCCUGAGGAGGAAGAAGGGGUCCUGGAGGAAGAGGAUGGAGGGGAGACCUCCUCCCAGGCGGACUCAGUCCUGCUGCAGGAGAUGCAGGCCCUGACUCGGACCUUCAACAAGUGGUCCUACGAAGGGCUGAGGCACAUGUCCGGGGCUGAGCUGGCCGAGCUGCUGGACCAGGUGGAGGGCGCCAUCCGUGCGUUCUCGGAGGAGCUGGUGCAGCAGCAGGCCCGCCGGGACGAGCUGGAGUUCGAGAAGGAGGUGAGGAACUCCUUCAUCACGGCGCUGCUGGAGGUCCAGAGCAAGCAGAGGGAGCAGCGGGGCCUGCUGAAGAGGCAGCGCAGGGAGAAGGGGCUGAGCCUGCAGAGUGGCCGGGCGGAGCGGGCCAGCCAGAUGCCCCUCAAGCGUUUCAGCAUGGAGGGCCUCUCCAGCAUUCUUCAGAGUGGCAUCCGCCAGACCUUCAGCUCCUCGGGGACCGACAAGCAGUACCUGCACACGGUCAUCCCCUACGAGAAGAAGGCCACGCCACCCUCGGUGGAGGACCUGCAGAUGCUCACCAACAUUCUCUUUGCCAUGAAGGAGGACAACGAGAAGGUGCCUACUUUGCUGACGGACUACAUUUUAAAAGUGCUCUGUCCGACCUAACCUGCCCCGGAGUGGCCUUGCUGCAGGAGGUCACCGAGCAAGGGCCAUCGUGUCCUGGCUGCAUGGCACGUGGCCUCCAGCGUGCGCUCGGCGUGUGCAGCUUAACCUGGAUUGCAGGUCCCUUGCUGCUGCUAGUGCUAGUAACCUGGUGCAUGGUUGGGCAGGGCGCCCUCCGGCAGGGGGACGCUUCACCUCUGGUCCUGCAGCUGGCCCAGCCCCCGGAGCAGCUUGCUCUGAGACUAACUUUGAAAUAAACCUUCGUUUACUUAAUGCUC